AUGAAGGUCAAGCUGAACGAGCAGGGCCUGGUACCUGCCAUCGCCCAGGAUGUUAACACCGGCAAUGUAUUGAUGCUGGGCUACAUGAAUCCCGGCUCCAUCAAGCGCACGGUCGAAGGAGUCCAGGUCUGGUUCUACAGCAGGAGCCAAGAGGACUUGUGGCACAAAGGUGAGGUGUCCGGCAACUACCUGAACCUUCGCGAGGCCUGGCUUGACUGCGAUGGCGACACCAUCCUCCUGAAGGUGGACCCUGACGGACCAACCUGCCACACCGGCAACACUUCGUGCUUCUUCAACCCCCUCGAAGGGCUGCCCGAGGGUUACGAGGACACUGACAGAGGUCCUGGCAUCCUCGGUGAGCUGUACGCCACCGUCCAGGACCGCCAGCGGGAGAUGCCGGAGGGCAGCUACACAGUAAAGCUGCUGCAAGAGGGCGUGGGACGCAUCGCCCAGAAGGUAAUCGAGGAAGCCGGAGAGACCGCCCUGGCAGCCGCCCAGGGUGACACGGAUAAUCUGCCUUCGGAAAUAGCCGACCUGAUGUAUCACACCCUGGUGCUGAUGGCUGCGUCAGGCAUCAAGCCGGAGCAGGUCUGGAAGGAGCUCCGGGACCGUCGCGGCUAG